GCGUUUCGAUUGUCUCACUUUUUCCGAGGUGAGCGAAUUCGUUAAUUAGGGUUUUUCUCUGAAAUAUUAAAAGAAAAAAAAAUCGAAGAUGAUCGAGGUGGUAUUGAACGACCGGCUAGGGAAGAAGGUGCGCGUGAAGUGCAACGACGACGACACGAUCGGAGACCUUAAGAAGCUAGUCGCGGCCCAAACCGGAACUCGGGCCGACAAGAUCCGUAUCCAGAAGUGGUAUACGGUUUACAAGGAUCAUAUUACUCUCAAAGAUUACGAGAUCCACGACGGUAUGGGCCUCGAGCUUUACUACAAUUAAAUUUUUUUUAUGUAAGCUGCGUGGUCUUUGUUUGAACAAGCUUUAAAUUUUAUGUAUGAAUGUAAUAUAAUCGUGGAUGAUGGUAUUUACUUCUUCUUUUUUAAUAUUAAUGGAGGAAAAUAAGUUCUUGGA